AUGGAUACUUGUAUACCACACAUUUAUCCAGUUUUUAAAGCCAUACACAUUACACUGCCACAACGUGUUAUAAAGCAUAUUUUCGCCUUUGUGUGCAAAAAUAAUGUGAUAAAAAAGGAAUGGAAUUUAUCUACGUUGAAUACUGGUUAUCUACCACUUGAAGCUUAUUACUCUUUUAGAUCAUGUUAUAUUGCUUCAACAGCUUCCAUUUUCAUAUAUAACGAUGAAUCAAAUCAAUCAUUUUAUCAUCCCCAGCGCUUAUUGCUCUAUCCAGUUGAAUUAUAUAAUCCAUCGAAAAAAUUAUACACUACUCAUUAUUGUCAUUCAUUUACUUCAAUUCUAUCAUCUGAUAAGAAUUCAUUGUUAAUUAACAAACCGAAAUUAUUAUUACAAUCUAUUAAUGACUUUAUACAACUUGAUUUGUAUAUAUCUUAUAACAUAAAUUUUAUAUGCAUCACUAUACUACUUAUAGUAGUUUGCUAUUUUUGUAAACAUUGUAUCAUGCAUUUCGGUAACAGUGUAUUGUGUGUAACUGGAUGGAUUCUCUGUAUGAUUCGAUAUAUGUUUGUGCGUAUUCUAUUUGGUUUGUAUAAUUUAUGGCGUGCAUAUAUCAGUGAUUUUUCAAAAAAAGUAUUCAGAAAAAUAUAUGCUACAAAUAAUUCUACUAGUAAUAGUAGUAGUAGUUCUGCUGAAAUAUCACGAUUGUCACCUUCAAUAGUUCAGAAAGUUAGCCAACACAACAGAUCUAAUAUACAUAAAUGGUUCAAAUGGUUCAAAUGGUUGCGGACGGAAUAG